GGCGGGGGAGCGGAACUGCACUGCGCUGCACUGCGCUGCACUGCGCUGCGCUGCCGGCGUUCCCCCUCCUCCUCGCCUUCCUCUGGCUGCGGCUUUCCCGGACAGCUGGUGGAAGUGAACCACAAUGACUGCUGUCAUCUCAGAUAGUCCUCCAAACCCAAGCUGCAAAAUCAUGACUUUUAGGCCUUCGAUGGAUGAAUUCAGGGAGUUCAACAAAUACUUAGCAUACAUGGAAUCGCAAGGUGCUCAUAGGGCUGGAGUUGCAAAGGUUAUCCCACCAAAGGAGUGGAAGCCAAGAAAACAUUAUAAUGAUAUUGAAGAUUUGGUGAUUCCUGCUCCAAUUCAGCAGAUGGUCACUGGCCAGUCGGGGCUUUUCACACAGUACAACAUUCAGAAAAAGCCAAUGACAGUGAAGGAGUUUAAGCAGCUGGCCAACAGUGACAAAUACUGCACCCCAAGAUACGUAGAUUAUGAAGAUCUGGAGCGUAAAUACUGGAAGAACUUGACUUUUGUGGCACCUAUUUAUGGAGCAGAUAUCAAUGGGAGCAUUUAUGAUGAAGGUAUUGAGGAAUGGAAUAUUGCCCAUCUUAAUACGAUAUUGGAUGUUGUAGGAGAAGACUGUGGAAUUUCUAUUGAGGGUGUAAAUACGCCAUAUCUGUAUUUUGGCAUGUGGAAAACAACAUUUGCAUGGCACACUGAAGACAUGGAUCUCUACAGUAUUAAUUAUCUUCAUUUUGGGGAGCCAAAGUCAUGGUAUGCUAUUCCUCCAGAGCAUGGGAAACGGCUUGAAAGACUAGCUCAAGGGUUCUUCCCAAGCAGCUCUCAAGGAUGUGAUGCUUUUCUUCGCCACAAGAUGACUCUGAUUUCUCCAUCAAUAUUGAAAAAGUAUGGAAUUCCUUUUGACAAGGUUACACAAGAGGCAGGAGAAUUUAUGAUCACUUUCCCAUACGGAUACCAUGCAGGAUUUAACCAUGGUUUUAACUGUGCAGAGUCAACAAACUUUGCCACCAUCCGAUGGAUUGAUUAUGGAAAAGCAGCAAAGUUGUGCACUUGUAGGAGAGACAUGGUAACAAUAUCCAUGGACAUCUUUGUGAGGAAGUUUCAACCAGACAGGUACCAGCUGUGGAAACAAGGCAAGGAUUUAUAUACCAUUGAUCAUACAAAACCAACUCCUGAAUCAACACCUGAAGUAAAGACCUGGCUACAAAGAAGAAAGAAAAUAAAGAGCUUUCCCAAGUGCAAUAUCUCUUAUAACAGCUUCCAGCACACCAGAUCUCGAUCUAAAAAGCUUAAAACUCCAGAGGACAAGAGAGUAUCUGCUAUGGUAGCUGGUGCAGAAAUCAUAGCGACUGAAGCAGCUACUGAUGGCUUCAAGGUCAAUGAAGAACCUGGGAAAAAAGUGAGACUGGUAAACACAGGACUGCCUUCUGGGGAAGAAGAAGACAGCAGGAGAAUGCAGCUGGAUCAACAUUUAUUGGAUAAUGUCAAGGUUGCAGGAAGCAUCCAUUCAGACUCAUUUUCGAGCCCUGUUCCUGUACUAGAGAAAACAAAAAUGGAAGAUGAGGACAGCACAGAUUCCAGUCAUCCUCUCUUUACAUUUGAAGAUUCUGUGGCCUGCACGCCCACUUCUGAGGGCUGUAGAAAAGAAGAGAGUUUGAAAUCUCAGAAUCAGUCUGUUUCAUCCAUACCAUACCAUAAGUCAGAGGGACAUGCUUCUGAAGCAGAAGACCCAGAUAAAGAGGAAAAUGUCUCAAUACAGGAUGAUGUCAGCGACCUAGAAAGCUGUGGAAGUAGCUUGGAACAUGGAGAAAUGCCCGUUGUAAAAAAGGAUGAAGAAGAUGGCAUGGAAACAUCCAGUUCAGCGGAUGUUGAAAGGAAGAAAAUAUCUAAGAGUUGGCGUCAUCCACUAAAUAAACCCCCAGCUAGAUCUCCAAUGACUUUUGUUAAACAGCAAGCAACUAGUGAUGAAGAACUGUCUGAGACUACCUUAGUUGAAGAGAAAGUUCAAGAGACAGAGACAUGGGCCAGGCCUCUGGUCUACCUUUGGCAGACAAGAGUACCCAAUUUCAAUGCUGAAAAAGAAUACAAUGCAGCCUGUGCAAAAAAGGAACCACACUGUGCCGUUUGCACUCUUCUCAUGCCAUACUACAAGCCAGACAAUCAUGAUGAAGAAAGUCCUAUUUUCGGGGAAGCAAACUCAGCAGAAACAUUGAUGGCUGAAAAUGAAAAGACUAAACCUCUUAUUCCAGAGAUGUGUUUUAUUUAUAGUGAAGAAAACACUGAAAACUAUCCAUCAAAUGCCUUUAUCGAAGAAGAUGGAACAAGUCUUCUGAUUUCCUGUGCAAAGUGUUGUGUACGGGUUCAUGCAAGUUGCUAUGGUGUUCCUUCUCAUGAAAUCCAUAAUGAAUGGUUGUGUUCUCGAUGCAGAAGAGAAGCCUGGACAGCUGAAUGUUGUCUCUGCAAUUUGAGAGGUGGUGCAUUAAAGCAAACUACUGACAAGAAGUGGGCACAUGUAAUAUGUGCAGUUGCCAUCCCAGAAGUCAGAUUUGGUAAUGUCACAGAACGUACACCGAUAGACACUAGCAGAAUACCUUUGCAAAGAUUAAAAUUGAAAUGUAUCUUCUGCAGACAGAGAAUUAAGAAAAUCUCUGGUGCCUGCAUUCAGUGUUCAUACGGACGCUGCCCAGCCUCCUUCCAUGUUACCUGUGCCCAUGCUGCAGGAGUGCUGAUGGAACCUGAUGACUGGCCAUAUGUUGUCUACAUCACAUGUUUCAGGCACAAGAUCAACCAAAAUGUGUUUGCAGGAGCAGAGAGGUUUAAAAAUUCUAAAUGCCAGAAACUGGUCCAAGAAAGAGGCACGAUAGUGACUAUAGUCUCCGCAAAAACAGAAGUGUUCAAGUUUAGGAGAGCUAAAGCAUGUGAGAAGACCAUUACAGUUGGGCAGACAGUCAUCACUAAACACAGGAAUACACGAUACUAUAGUUGCAGAGUCAUAGGAGUGACAUCUCAACUCUUCUAUGAAGUCAUGUUUGAUGAUGGCUCUUUCAGUCUGGAUACUUUUCCUGAAGACAUUGUAAGCAGAGAUUGCCUAAGGCUGGGCCCACCUGCAGAGGGAGAGGUUGUCCAAGUGAAAUGGCCUGAUGGAAAACUGUAUGGUGCAAAGUAUCUGGGAACAAACACAGCUCACAUGUAUCAGGUUGAGUUUGAAGAUGGUUCUCAAAUAGUAGUGAAGAGAGAAGAGAUCUAUACACUAGAUGAAGAGCUUCCUAAGAGAGUAAAAGCACGUUUUUCUACAGCCUCUGACAUGAGAUUUGAAGACACAUUUUAUGGAGCAGAUAUUAUCUUGGGAGAGAAGAAGAGGCAGAGAGUAUUGAGUUCCCGCUUUAGGAAUGAAUAUGUGGAUGAUCCAGGAUACCGCACCUUCUUAAAAAGCUCAUUCCAGAAGAAAUGCCAGAAGGGGCUGUAAAGGAAGCAAGAGAGAGAGAGGGUUGUUGAUUAAAAAGCAUGCAGCAUUAUUUGCAAUUGGUUUUGGUUUAAUUGAACACUCGAUUUUACAAUGAACUAAUCCAUACACCAGCCUCGUAAACUGAAGUACUUGGGUUCUGAUUUCUUCAGUUAAGGUAUUAAAGAUUUUGUAAUGUUUUGCAUUAUGAAACGAAGGGGGAAACCAAGUGAGAGUAAGAGGGAUUACACAGUGAUAUGCUGAAGAAAACUUUCAGUCCUGCUCAUAUUGAAAUAAGUCGUAAAAUUUCCUUUGAAUUAUGAGAGAAGAUUCACAUUCAGAAGAGGAGAGAUUUUAGUAAACAGAGAUAAUUUCAGUGGCUCAUUUUUUUCUGCAGACAGGAAAGGAUGUUAAGUUCAAUAAUAGCAGUUUUUAUAAAACAUUUUUAAAACAAAGACAAAUAUGUACAGUAUUAAGACAAACAAAAGCUGUACCUACUUUGUACAGUGCUUUUACAUUUUUAUGUCACUACUGCUUUCAGUAGGGUUUGAUGUGGACUCAACUGUUGACUUAGAUAUUUUUGGCUUUUAAGAAAGAUAUCUUCAGCACAGCAAGGGUGUUUUGUAUAUUUAAAGAGGCAGAUUUUGGCAGUUAUUUUUAAACAUGUUUUUCAUAAGGUCUAUUAAAAAUAGCUAUUUGUAAAAUAUAAUUUUCUUUCAUUAUGUGUAUGAAAAAUUAGAGUUUAAAUAUAUAUGCUUAACAGCCUAGUUUUGAAUGAAUAUAUUAUGGUCUUCCUUUUAAAAUAAUGUUCUA